GUGGCGUAUGUCUUCUGCACACUUUGCAAGUUCACGUCGAAUUGUGUCGCGCCACUCGGAGGACAUUGUCGUUCGAGGCCUGAUGACUUUCUUCUAUUUCUUGUGUGCUUCCUCUUGGCUGUUGUAUUAUCCCAUCGACGUUUCUGCGCCUCAAGUCUGAGAUGGCCAACAUGGCCAACACUGGUACGUCAUUCACGCAACCACCACGACCUCGAGUCACUUUCUAAUGGUUUGGUCGCAGCAGCCAUCGCCUCAGUUCUCGGGGUCGCAGGAGCUGGUUUUAGGCUGUCCCUCAUUCUCAAUGCCAUCAGCUGUGAAAUUGUCAAUGCUGGUUUCGAAGUCCACGGUAUAUCCAAAGGCGUCACUCUGUUUUCUACGAUGCUCAAACAGACCGGCACUGUCCUUCAGACGGCGGAUUCGGUCCACUCCACAGAAGCCAUCGAGACUGCAAUGUCAAUAGCGGACGAGAGCACUCGCGUGUUUGAUGAAAUAAACGAUAUGCUUGAUCGCUUGGGCACCAAGUCUAGCGAUGGAAGUGCCACCCCGAGUAUUCAGCAGAGAUUCAGAUGGUGUUUCAAGAAGAACAGAGUGACAUAUUUGAUGGCCCAGCUGGAGAGCUUGAAGUUGAGCCUGGCAGUCAUGCUGCAGGUUAUCCAGCUGGGACAACUCAUGGCAUCCACAUCCCGCAGAGAUCCUCCUGAAGAAGUCGCGCUGAAGACAGAAGCUAUCAAGCAAGAACGCUUGGAGGCGCAGAACGCUGUCAUUGUUCGUUACUGGCAGAUGAGCAAGAUGGAUCGCGUCUUCGAGGCGUCCAGGAGAGAGGAGGAAGAUGAUCGUCGAGCCAGCAUUGACAAUGAGGCGGCCAAGGAUGAUGAAUUGAAGUUGGUGUCAACAAACGAGUCAUUAUCCACAUACGAGCCACCUCCCCCGGAAUAUGCACCCUCGACUACGCUGAUCAAACUGCCGGUUUUCUCUCUAGGUGAAUUGGAUCAAACCCUUCAUAAAAUCAAGGGCUCACCGAAAGAGAUGAUUCAAGUCUCGGAUCAAGCUAUUGAUCCGCUUCUCGAACGAUGGACAAACUGGCGCGAGGUCAGGGAAAGGCGGCACAAUCGUGAUUCUGGCGGACGUUAUGUCCCUUCGGUCCAAAAUCUUAAUGAGGAAGAUGAAGAUCUACCUUAUCAUGAGCGCUACCGGGAACGGGAUGACAUAUCACGAGGAUACUAUCUCGAGGGUACUACCACCGAUUGGAGAAAACCCAACUCUUCGGCAGCACGACAUGAGGCCUACCGAAGGAGAAAACGCUAUGAGAAUUAUCAGCCCAGCGUGAGUGCUGCUAGCAGCGAUGUUGAGGAUUCCCCUGGGAGCACCAGCUCUAAAAGAAAAGUUGCUCGGCAUCAUGUCAUUGACUCCAGCUCCGAGUCGUCAGCAUCAGAGGCAGAGGUUGCUCAGCCUAAAUCGCGACGGCGAAGUAGUGGUGAAGGACCCACACCAGAGCGCAAAAUAUCAUACGCAGAAGGCGCUCCCAUUGCACAUGCUCAUACCACCACCCAACCUCCCACAUGGAUGGCUUCCAAUCCCCCAAACAACACAAACAGACCGCCCUCAAUAACGUCCGCUCAAUCAACAGCAUCCAGGCUCUCCUCCCCAGCAUACCACCCUCCCGGACAUCGUCCUUGGGCGGCGCCGGAUCAGAAUAUGGGGCAUCACAGCCUAUCCUCACCCAUCCCUCCCAUCCAUACAGCCAACGCGCUGAAUCCCUAUUCUAAUUAUUCUACACAUUCGAAUAAUGCAUACCACCAAUACCCAGCUCAAUCUCAACUGCAACCACCUUCACCCUACCUACCACCAUCGAGUCCACAGUCCAGAUACUUGCAACAGCCAACAAGCCGGAUGGGUUUGCCACCACGACCUGUUUCUCAAGAUGGUAAACAAGCGCGGUCCCCUUCCCGCCUGGCUCAACACAACACGACAGCGCGAUCACACGGCAGAGGGGAUGGUGAGAAGCGCCAUUCCAGAGAAAAGUCAACCAAACAAAACUUAAAAGAAGGCGCUACCAAAGGCUUGCUCGGAGCCGGAGCAAUCGCCGGUUUCUUGGAAGCCCUAGAAGGCCUCAGCCUCUAAUGAAGAUAUAGGUCAUUCCUUGUACCCAUUUCCCUGUGAUACCAGCCCACGAUGGAACGAUUUCGAUGAUGUAUUAUGAAGAGUUGAAAUAUACAUAUCUCAAUAAGAAUUGCACAUUUUGGCC